AUGGCGUCUGCAGAACUGAAAGCCGAGCUCCUUUGCUCCGUCUGUAUGGAGGUCUACACGGAUCCAGCGACCCUACCGUGUGGACACAGCUUCUGCCGGGACUGUAUUACACAGACAUGGGAACAUCAGGAGCAUGUAAGAAAAUACAAAUGUCCUGAAUGUAUGAAGAUAUAUCAGAGGAGACCUGAACUCAAAAGAAACCUGAGGCUGCAUAACAUAGCAGAGGCCUUUCUACGCAGUCAAAGAGCACAAGAGGAGACUGGGAUCUUCUGUACUUACUGCGACUCCUCAGUCCUUGCUGUGAAGUCCUGUCUCAAGUGUGAGACCUCCAUGUGUGAUGAUCAUCUCAGGAAACAUAACAGGACAGUGCAACACCCAUUAACAGCACCGGUUGCUGCUCUGGGGAAGCAUGUAUGCCCUGUGCACAAGAAGGCCUUAAGUUACUACUGCACUCAGGACUCCGCCUGUAUCUGUAUCACCUGCCGCCUGGAUGGAGGACACAUUGGACACCAGGUAGAGCCCGUGGAUGAGGCGUCUAGAAAGAAAAAGGAGAAACUGAGAAACCUUUUGCAGAAAGCGAAUUCCGAGAGACAGGAGGCUGAGAAAAGAGCCGAGAGUCUGAAGGACCAUAGACGCAACGUAGAAGAAAAAACAGCAUCCGUAAUUGUGAAGGUCGUCGCCUUAAUCGGCGGAAUGAGAAGGCAGCUGGAUGAAGUAGAAAAUAAAGUGCUGAGUGACAUCUCCAGGCAGCAAGAGCAGAUCUCCCUGUCAGUCUCUAAUCUGAUCCGGCAACUGGAAAUGGAUAAGAACAAGCUGGUCCAGAAGAUGAGUCAGAUACAGAAGCUAUUGGACACGACCGAUCUAUUGUCUUUCCUACAGGAUGCAGACAGAGGUGACUUUUUCAAGGAGACGGAUAAGGAAAGAGAGGAAGAUCGUGACAGAUACGAAGAUGACAUGGACGAUGGUGUGAUCUUACAGACCUUGUGCACUCACCUGUAUGGGAUUUUACCCGGCUCAGACGUAUGGUUCUCCGUGCAGGAUCCCUCAGAUAUAUUACUGGAUGUCACCACUGCCGGUAAUAACGUUGAUAUAGCAGAUCAUAUGAAAACUGCACGCUAUUCACAAGAGGACCAGAAGUACCCCCAAAAGCUGGAAAGAUUUGAGUGUAGCCAGGUGAUGAGCGUCAGGAACUUCUCCUCAGGGAGACAUUACUGGGAAGUGGAGGUGAGCUCAGCAGGGUGGUGGAUGGUUGGGUUGUGUUACCCCAGUAUAGAGAGGAGGGGUGCAUGCUCGUGGAUUGGAAAUAACAAGUCCUGGUGUUUGUACAGGUCUAAUAAUGUGUAUUUUGUAGCUCACAACAGCAGAGCUAUACCGUUGCCUCAGAAAAGUUCAAGUAAUAGGCUGACAAUUCAUCUGGACUGUGAGGCUGGCCGACUGACCUUUUACGAGAGGAGGAAUCCAAUGAGACACUUACACACAUUCACCACCACCUUCACAGAGCCAAUUUGUGCUGCGUUCAGCGUAUGUAAGGACACAAUUUAUAAUGGAGAUGGAUGGGUGAAAAUCAUUAGCUCUUCCAGGUAA